AGAAAUCAAGAAGCCACGAACACUUUGUCGCGUAGAAAGUUUCUCAAAAUAUUGUUUAUUGUUGUACGAUUAACUUUGACAUUCUAAAAUCACAGUUAAUAUGCGUAAACUCGCCAGUUGUAAGGAAAGAAGAACGGAAGACGAGUCAACAAGACAACCCUAAAUAAAUACGUUAAAACAAGGUGAUUCAAAUAAUUCAUAUCGUUUGCAGCUUAGAAAAUAUAUCUAAUGAUGCAAAUCUCUUUCUUAUCGGCCAAACGUGACCACAUGUUAAGCGAUUUUUAUGACUGCCAGUAAAGAAUCGACGACUAAUCUUUCCGACUAGACUUUCCGGGAAGAAAGUAUCCUUUCUCUAGUUUCAGGUCAAUAGAAGAAAAAGCGGGUGAUAUCUGUUUUGCUUCAAGCGUCAUUGUUCCGGUGACAAUUCACAGACGUUUAUCGCAUGGUGGUGAUAGGCUGGGUUGAUGCUUCAGAGAGGUGUAAUGGAGUUUGGAAACAGAUUUCUUCGUGAAAGAUAAACAGGAGGGAAUGUUAGAAACACUCGAAUUGUUGCCAAAUAGUGAUCGGUCUCCGCGGGAAGUGAUUAAGUUUCGUUGAACUCUGAAGAAAACGGUUCUGACUCUUUUUACAUGUUCGUUGAUUAAGCUAGAAGGACUAUAGUUAUUACUAUUAUAAUUUAUAUAUAUAUACACAUAUAUAUUAUUCUUAUUACUAAUUUUGACUAUAUAAAAAAAGAAAUGGAUAGAGACGAAGUAAUAAAAAAUGUACGAGCAUGUUUAAUAUCCUCAAAGGGUGGUGUUAAACUAGACCACUUAAACAGAGAUUAUAAGAUUAUUCUUGAUGAGAAUAUACCAUUUAAGAAGCUUGGAUAUCCAUCUUUAGUUGCUUUUUUAUCUACUGUUCCUGGUAUUAGAACUAACGAAAGGGGAGGAGAAUAUUUUAUAGAGGCUAUACCCACUGAAGAAUCAGCGCAUAUUUCAAAAUUAAUUUCCCGACAGAAAACAACGUCAACUAAGAAGAACAAGAAAUUGGUAAAUGCUCGAAAUCAAACACCAUAUCGUCAGCCCAUAAUGACGAAAAAAUACCCUCGACCUACAAGAAUUGCUAUUGAUACUACUCAUAUGAUUGGAAGACAAAAUGCAAUGCCUGCAAUACAACCAACAAAAAUUACUAUCUAUCAAAAUAAUGAGAAGCCAAGAUAUAUACAAUCUAAUUCCGGUGUACCACUAGUAUCUCCAAGUAAAAGACUGAAAGACAGACAAGCAAAUCUUGUUACACCGCCAAACCAAAGUUUGAAUAAACCUAAAGAUGAUUCACAUCUCAAAAGCAAUGAAAAGGUGGUAACACCUGUGAUAAAUCAAAAACCAAAGACUGUUAAUAACAAUUCGGAUACUUUCUCUAAAGGAAAAUCUUCAAAUCUGAGUGAAAGACUCAAAGUUAAUCCUAAUAUACCUUCACUGCUUAAUAUACCCGUCAGUAUUCCUUCACCUCCCCCGCGAUCAGAAGUAUUGUCGCCUCUAUCACCUGGACAAGCUUUAGCAGAUGCUAAAGUAACACAGUUUCAGCAAUCUCCACCUAAUUCAGUGCCACCGAUAAUUAAUACCAGAAGAAAUGUAUCAAAACUGCAACCUAACGAUCCACGAGAAGAGUUAAAAAGAAAAACUAGUGCUUUAAAUCUUCCAGAACCAAUAUACCAGAUUUGCCCUACAAAUAUUAAGAAUGCUAAAGAGCGAGCAGUGUUCGCGCAAGUUAAGAUUGGACCACAUGGAUAUUCAAGUUAUCCCGAAGAAGCGCGUACAGAAGAUGAGGCGGAGAAAUUUGCAGCAAAACUCGCUUUACUCGAUCUAAACGAAAAAUAUGGAUCACCGUUCAGACUCAACGAAACGAAAGAUAGGCACAUAAUCAAUGACCGAGUUUUAUUUAUAAUAGAUGCCCAUCCGAAUGGCAUUUUUAUGCAUCAAGUACCUAUCUAUUACAAGCAACAAUAUCGGGAAAUUCUACCAGGAAAUUGGGAGCAAAUCAUCGAAGAAUGUCCGGCAAUAGUUUUAGAGAAAGGUGUUGACAAUUCAGUUAUUCUACGUAGAUACAUUUCAUCUACCGAAAAAAUAAGAAAUGUAAGUUCAUCUAAAACUGAUAAGGUGCAAUUACAUCCAAUUGGACCUCCUGCUCCUGGACAAUUGCAAUUACCAGAGGAAGACAUCUGGCUUGUGUCUGUUACAUACGUCAUAAGUACUACAGAAAUUUGGGCCAGACUUGUAGGAGAAGCAUACAGCGAUCAAUUUGAUAUUAUGACAGCAGAAAUGACUCAGUAUUAUAAAAAAUUACAACAACCUGUUAAAAUGUUACCAAUUGAAAUUGGGAAUUAUUACGUGAUUUUUGAAGAUGACUGUUGGCAUAGAGUUCGUUGUAUCGAUUAUAACGUUACAACAGGAAUGGCUACAGUUUUAUUUAUCGAUUUAGGAGACGAAGACACUUUUCAUCAUAGUAGAUUACAGACGUUAGAUAAAACAUUUUGCGUGCUUCCUGCUCAGGCACUAAGACUUUGUCUAUCCGGUUUCGAAGACUUCAGCGAAUGUGAUAGUAUUUUGGGCCAAAUCGAAAAAUGUUUACUUGAUCGUGCAUUGUACGUUGAGGUAAUCAGUCGUGACAAAGAUGAAAAUGGACCAUUCGUGACAGUGGUGUUUCAAGAUACACAUGGACCAGAUGAUAUUAAUCUAAAUUCGGAAUUGUCUAAACAAAUUCUACAACAGAUCGUGGUUGCUCCUAAAUUAGACGUCGAGGGGCAAGUGUCCGAAGUAUUCAUUUCUCAUAUAGAACAAAAUGGCGAUGUAUUUGUACAAGUACAAUCCGAAAGUAUGAAAAUGUUAGUAAGCCUAUUAAAUCGGUUAAUAUGCACCGGCUUGAAUGCGGAAGAAGUAGAAAGUUGUGCAGUAACUACAAUUGAUGUCAAUAAAACAUAUUUCGUAUCAGUAAACAACAAUUGGUAUAGAGGAAAAAUCGUGAGCCACUUUUAUGAUUCAUUAAAAGCGUUCUUAAUCGAUUUUGGUAAAACUGUUACGACAUCAAAAAGCAAUCUCCUAUCUUUGGAAAAAUUAUCUGAAGUUCUAGCAAAAUAUCCAGCACAGGCUUUAAAAGUACAUCUUCACAACAUUGACAAGUCAAUGUUCAAUGAAAAGAUGGUUGCGAAGCUUACUGAGAUUGCUCCUAAAGGUGAACCUCUUCUUGUGAAAGUCGUGUCAUCCGAAAAUAAUGUACCAGUUGUGGAGUUAUUUAAACGACUUCAACCAAACAAUAUGCUUGUUUCCAUCAAUAAUACUGUCGCUCUUGAUGAGCACACUAGGCCACAGGGCGACGGAAAUAAUAAUAUAAAACCAAGGAAACGUAUCGAACGUGCCAAUUCUAAACUCACAGCAAACGAGGAUGAUGAAGUUAGGUCCCUAAAACCACCGAAAAUAUCUGGCAUUGGUGAAUAUUUCGAUGUACAUGUAACAAUGGCUGCUCACCCUGGAAAUUUUACUGUCCAACCAUUCGAUGAUAAGCGUUCGUUGGAAACGAUGAUGAUUCAAUUGCAAGAAGCUUGCCGAGCGUAUAAAGGUUCUGUUCCAACUGCGGAAACAGUGAGAGAAGGCAAGCUUUAUGCUGCUAAACACAUUGAUGGUCAUUGGUAUAGGGUAUGCAUUUCGAGUAUAAUCAAAGAAAACAUGGUUAGUGUUUAUUUUUGUGAUUUUGGGGACGUAUCGGUACUGCCGUUAAAUAACUUACAACCUUUGAAAAGUCAGUUCUUAGAACUUCCAUAUCAAGCUAUAAAAUGCAGGCUUGCUGGCAUACGACCGAUUAACGUUGACUGGUCCGUUGAGGAUAGUUUAAGGUUUCAAGAAUUGGUUGUGGAAAGAAAUUUUGUCUCGAUAGUUGUCGAAUCGAAGCCUGACGGACUUACCCCAGCUGAUACGAUAUUGGGUUUAAAAUUGAUUAAUGUUAGUACAGAUGACGAUGUUCACAUUGAUCACGUUUUAGUAGAAGAAGGUCGAGCUGUAUUUACUAACUAAUUUACUACUCGCAUACAUUAAUAGUGUUCAUUCGGAUACGCGAUUUGAAAUAUGAUUAUAGUGGCUCAAGAUUUGACAUAGUGAAACUGAAGAGGCGCAUUAGUUUCUGACAUCAGAAAUGAAAGACACUUUUUUCCUAUAUAUGUGCUAAAAAAACGUUGUACAGAUUCAAUAUUUAAUCUUUGAGAAUAGGUACUUGUAUAUAAAACUAAUCUUUCUACUAAAUAGUAUUUGAAAACCACUCAACUUUCAGCGACUGCAAAUAAAAGUAUAAGAAUAGAAAAGAAGCUGUAUAGAUAUGCUCAUACAUACCUAUAUGUGUGUAUGAAUAUGCAUGUUACAUUACAUUAAUAACUAGAUUUAUAUUUUUGAGACAUUAUUCUCUUUUUCUUUUACUUAUUCUUCAAGUAAUAACUUAUUGAUUGGAGACUUCGAUUUAAGCUUACGCUUAGAUUUAAGCAAUAUAUUAAUAUUUUUAAUGGGUAUAUAAUGUUCUACUCAGACGAAUUUCUUUAUAAAGUGUACAGCGAUUACGCACAUUUAUUUCAUAUAUAUUUUUUGACGUUUUCUAUUUUUCCAUUAGAGUAGAAAUAUUUAACAUCUUUAUUCCGUUUGUCAUGCGUUGAAAGGUAAUGUGGUUAUAAAAUCUGGCUGUGGCAUGUCAAAGACUAAAGAAUUGAUUUUGUGACAAUUGACAGCAUUCCAUGUUUGACAUAUAAUUAUUUAGUGACUAUUAUUUUUCUUCUAUCUUUAGCUUCCUAAAGUUCUAAUAUUAAGAAACAGUUAUGUAUCCUAGCUCUCAAUAAUCAUAGAACCUUCUGUUCUGUAUGUGAUAAAAAGUUUUAUUAGUUCAUACUAUUUUGUUUCCUACAGCAACAUCCUUUACUAUUGUCGAUAUUAUUAUUAUUAUUAUUAUUAUUAUUAUUAUUAUUAUUAUUAAUAUUAUUAUUAAUAUUAUUAAUACUUAUUUAAUUUGCUAACAUAAUUUAAUGACAUAUAAUAUGACAAUAUUAUUAUAUGGAGUAUGUUACAGUUGUUUAUAGUUUAUAUAUUGUAAGUUUACUUUAUCUUAAGAAGCCAUUUAUUAUGUUCCAUGUUUUUGCAUCAGACUUAACAUGUACGCGACAUUAUAAUAACCUAUAAUAUUAUAGGUAUUAGCUCAUUACAAUGCUUUAUGAGGAGUAUUUCUGUUUUGUGAAAUUAGUAAGGUAAUACUGUAUCUGUCUCUCAAUUUACAUGGUACUUUUUAUAUAUGGUUUAUAAUAACUUUAUAAAUUAGGUACACGUUUACUUAACUAUUAGUUAACUACUAGUUAAGUACUUUAUUACGUGGAACUUUGCUUUUACAAGAUUUCAGUUUUAUACAGUUAAAAAAUAUUUUUUUCUACUGCUAUAUAAGUUGAAAUGAUUAUAUGUACUUUGGUUCAGUUAUAGUUACAUAUACGUUGACCACAUUCGGACGCAUUUUUUUCGUUUAAUUUUGGAAAUUUGUGAUGUAUCUCCUGGUAUCAACAAUUCGAUUUAUUUAUAGAAAGAAAGGACUAUGUAAAACGUAUCCUUUAUGUAAAUCGAGCGAUAGGUGUCUAACUUGUGUUACGUUUUGGUAAAAUAUUAUUUUUGAUAAUGAUAACUUAAUAAAAGGUGCCAAUAAAUACUAAUGUUUACACGAAUAUGAUAUGAAUUAUUUUAAAUUAACGGUUUCCUAUAAGUUUACAUGAACAGAAUAUACAAAAUGUUAACAGUGUAAAUAUAUAUUUUGUAAGAUAAAACAGUUUUUAUGCUCAGAAAGAUUUAUACUUUUAUUCAAAUAAAUAAUUAUAUAAAAUAUUCUAUUACAUAAUAUACAAUGUUCAGUAUCUUUAAUUUUUAAUUAUAUAUAAUGUAAUGUAUAUUGACCCAGGUUCUUAAUAAUACUUUUAUGAAUGAAAUAUUAAGUUUUAAAAAUUAUUUUGAUACUUUGUUUUUUAACUUGCAUACUUACAAAAUAUUUUUAUAUCAGCAUUUAUAGUAAUUAUUAGAGGAUAUAUCACAUGAAAGUAAACAUAUAUGGAACGUUAUUCAGACCUAUUUAUUAAUUAUCUGUGCACGGUAAUAUUACACAUUUACUACUAAAAAUAUUUGAGCUGUUUAUGGGCCAAUAUAAUUAAUUUUUUUUGUGAUUAAUUCUUUGAAUUUUUGUUUCAUGGAUUUAAUAACUUUGGUAAAUAGCUCAUUUAUUGCAUUUCUAAGUUUAUAUGGUAUUCACAAUGUCUGUAUCAACAUCAUAGAUAAAAUAAAGCCAUAUCAUGAUAUUAUAUUAUUUAUUAAUACUAAUAGAGUACUGAUAAGAAGACUAGUGUAAUUAAUAGUGUGUAUAAUUGUGUGAUGCAAUACAUAUUUCCAUUAGUACAGUAUAUAAGGUAAACAUUAGAAACAUAAUAAAAUGUCUAUUGAAAGUAUACACUUAUUAGAAAUU